GUGUGUCCGGCGAGGAGGAGCGACUUCCUGCGGCGUUGUUGAGGAAGGAGCGAGUCAGCGAGAACGAGUGUGUCGCUGUCGUUGACAUUUGGCUUAACAACACGGAGAGGGUUCAGUCCGCUUGCUAGCGAAUAUGCCGAAGAAUAAAGGUAAGGGAGGUAAAAACAGGCGACGUGGUAAGAACGAGAAUGAGUCCGAGAAGAGAGAGCUGGUGUUCAAAGAAGACGGCCAGGAGUACGCCCAGGUAAUUAAGAUGCUGGGGAACGGGAGGUUGGAAGCCAUGUGUUUCGACGGCAUCAAGAGGCUCUGCCACAUCAGGGGGAAGCUAAGAAAAAAGGUUUGGAUAAACACAUCUGACAUCAUAUUGGUGGGCCUGAGGGACUAUCAGGAUAACAAGGCAGAUGUCAUUCUGAAGUACAACGCAGAUGAAGCCAGGAGUUUGAAAGCGUAUGGUGAACUUCCAGAACACGCUAAAAUCAAUGAAACAGACACGUUUGGUCCUGGAGAUGACGACGAAAUUCAGUUUGAUGACAUCGGAGAUGACGAUGAAGACAUUGACGAUAUCUAAUUUUGGACUUUAAGUUGUCUUCCUAAACAGCACUGACUCCUCUGCUAUGGAAGACAAACGAAGACUCUGGUCAACCCUAAAACAAACAGGAGUCCAUUUUCUGUCCCUAAGUCCAACAGUUCCAAAUCCCAUCGGUGGUAACAAAUAUCAGAUUUCUCAGUUUUGUUUUAACAUAUUUAUAUUUUAUUUCAGUAGAGGUGGAGUUUAUGGUCAAAUACAGAAUAAAUUUACAAUAAAAAGUUAAAUCAU